AUGCCGUCUUCAAGCCGCAACAGUUGCAUCCUUUACGCGCCAGUGACCGCGGUGUCUAUCGGCUUGCAGCGUAUUUGUUUUGCGAUUGGGAACCGUGUGCUGGAAGGUGAUGCGGACGUUGGCAGCAGUUCCGACUUUCAGGUGGCGGCGGAACUUCCCCACGGUGCAGUGAUCACAGCGCUUGAGCAACAUGCUGUGAGUGAUCUCACCGGCGCACUGGACAUCAUUCUUUUGAUUGGUAGCGGUGAUUCCGUUUUUGUUGCCAACUCCUCCUCGCAGGAGGGGAGGUCUGGUGGCAGUCACCUCUCACAAUUUGUACUGGACGACAUGGCAAGAGUUCUGCGGCUCCGAAGUCUUGGACAGGGUGGGGGUGCCCUGGCGGUUACGGCCAUGAACUCUGCGUACCUUAUUCGCGAGGAAACCCUGUGCUCGGUGCAUACUUCAGCAACGCCACCGCUGCUGGUGCGGUAUGCAGUGACUGGGCUGGGAGUCGCGCUUGCUGCGGAUGCCGUCGUGGUGCGGGACGAUGCCGCCAUGGCUGUUUUUACCGGCACAUACGCUGGCUCGAUUGCCGUUUGGCGAGUGCCCCCUGCGGGUACUCGGGGGCGAAAUAAUGAGGAAGAAACGGGAAUCACGCAUGGUGCUGUUAACCCCAUCUCGUGGAUCAUUGCUCAUCGCCCCGGCUGCGCCGUGUUUGCCGUGAAAGUCACUAUUUUGAGGGAUAUCGCGGCGUCGGACCACGUGCGCUUUUGUGUGGCUACGUGCAGUGAUGAUCGCACCGCGACUCUUUACGUCUCCAACAGCGUUCCCGCCUUUUCCAGCAUGAUGGAGGGGAUGAGGUGGAAGUGUUGUUGGCGGGGCGUCGGCGCGUCCUUCUCGCGGCGACGGGUGUUCGAUGUGUCGCUGCUGCUCAUUGCUGAACAUGGCGGGAUGCUGUUGCUAGCCACAGGUGGUGAGGACGGUAGCGUGCAGGUCUUUGGCUUUCCUUCCCAGGAGCUUAUACGUGCAACAACAACCCUGACAAGUCCGACAGAAGCGGCUGAAGGAGAGGUGGCGCCUGUGGCACCAGUGAGGCUCCUACAUCGUGGGCAUCAGCACGACGGUCGCGGCGUUUAUAAGGUUGCUCUUCUGCGCAACCCCGCCUCCGACGCUACCGCAGUGGUGUCGUGUGGCUUCGAUGGUGCCGUUCACCACACCCCGGUGUCACCCUGCCCCGGGCGAAGCGCGAUGAUUGUCUUGCGCAAUGUGCAGCCGAGGAGACAUGUGCGCGGUGUGCUGUGUGACAACGAAGGCAGUUUCUUGGCCUGCACAGAGGAUGAGCUUAUUGUUUUUUUACAGGGCGCAACGGCAAAGGAGCAGCGACUGCCAAUUCCCAUAACGGGUACAAAGAAAGAGUUGCCCUCAUGUCUCAGUGUGGCUGUGGGAUCGUGCUGGAGGCGGCGGCAGCAGUACCUCCUCACUCUACUGGGCACCACAGGUGGAAAGGUGUACGGUAUGUGGUACAGUUCAACUGGGGCUCAACCGCAGUGCCAGAAGGAAGAAGAUGAAGAAGUGGAAAUGAGAGAUGUCGUUGUGCUACUCCAUGCAUCAGCGUCGCAGGCAUCCAAGGUGUUGCUCGUACGAGGGAUACUUCGGCAGGAGCGAGUGUUGCUUGUCAGCGUUCACGCCAGUGGGGUUCUCAUUGUGUUGGAGGUGGAUCCUUUUCAUGGGAUAGCGUCCAAGGUGUGGAUGACGUCUCAGUGUGCUGGAGUACACACCACAACGCUAAGCAUGUGUAUGCUUGCACCCCAGCUUGUGACGCAACAUGAAGAAUAUGAGCAACAAAAACAGCAACAAGGUCAGGAUCCGGAGCUGCAACAACAGUAUCUUUGCCUUUUUGUCGGCGACGAUGACGGCUGUAUUUCCGUGGAUCUUGUCCAAACGAUGGGGGAUGCGUGCGCGAACACAAACCUGCUACCUCGGGAGCGUUUAUUUCAGGGGGCUAUCGCGUCUGUCACACGGCAAGCAAGUCAUAUGAAAGGUCCCUGUGAACGCAUUACGGUGGUGUCUGCGCAGGGGGAAGUUCGUGUUCUUCUCUUGCAUGUUGGAGGUCGAAAUGUUGAUAUCCUUCCGGUAUCGUCUCCGCUUCGGCUGCCGUGGCGUAUUUCUUCCGUUCUCGCCUAUAGCGAGACCGUUGCCGUGACACUGUUUGGAACCGACAUCUCCGUCUACAGGCGUCAUCCAUCACGUUUCAGCUGGUAUCUGGUUGCAGAGUAUCACGGUGUAAGGGCCCCUCGGUUGCUAUCCGCAACUAUUUCAACCGAUCUUUCUGGUGUUGGUGGUAUCCCUGUGUUUGUGUGUCAUUGCUCAGAUGGCGUGCAGGCUGAAUGGUUUACCUGCGACGCGUUGAGUGGGACGCGUAUUCUUCUUGGUGGUGCCAUCAUUGGCCGUGAGUACAACACCACCCUCUUUCUUCCGAGCCCCGCAUCUGCCGUGAUAUGUGGAGGUGAGAAUUCGAUGCUCACGGCGUUCUCACUCCCAUACUCUUCACAGAUGUGUAUGGACACUCCCGUAGCUUUUACUGGGCCCCAUGAUUCAAAUAUUUUGGCGAUGGCGACUUGUGCCGCAACUGGUGACAGUGGUAGUGUGCGUUUCGUAACUGUUGGAGGCUUGGCGACGCUGGCGCUAUGGGAGUGGUCUAUGCAUCACAGCUGGCGUGUUAUUGCCCACGUGGGCCAACACCGAGAGUCUGUCGCUGGUGGUGAGGCAGAAGGCCGUGGGGUUCCGCGCUUUUUGUCGGUCUGUGUGACAUGUGAAGACAUCGUGGUGGGAGGCAGCGAUGGGAAAGUGCGAUUGUUUUCUCUCAGUGAGGGCUUGCAGCUGCGUCGCAAGGUGUUGCUGUGCGCCUCCACGCCGAAGCCUGUGAUGGCGGUCGCGACGCUGAGCGCCAAAGAUCGGCUUGUUGUGAUGGGCGACACAAACGGUGUUUUGGGUGUCUGCGGUGUGGCGGAUGGAAGCGUCACGGCACGCCUCACGUGGGCCCGAUCCGCCGUAAAUGCCAUUGCCGUGGGACGACAACUUCAGCCUUGGUUGCAGCAGCAGGAUGGGCCGAGGCAGAUGAAAACUGAGGAGGGGAAUAUGUUCGCCGUCUGGCGCGUGCUUGUUGCCAUGGACUCCGGUGAGGUGGCGCUUUUGCAUGUGGGAGUGUCGGCCAUCGAAAUGGUGUGCGCCGUGCGCGUCGGCCUCACCGCCGCCCGUGGGGUCUGCUGGAUCCCCGGGCUACCCCGGGACGACGCGGACACCGACGUCGCUGUCACUGUCAACGACGAACGCCUGGCGUGCCUUUUCAUACGUGAGGUGUCGGAGGCUACGGGGCGGACGGAGAUGCUUUAUGUGGCGUGGCAUACGCGUGUCAAUGUCCGCGGCGUCAGUGGCCUUGCCGUUGCAUCCCUGAUGGAGCGGUCGCUGUGUGCGGUGGUGGUGGGGGAAGGUGUCGAGGUUGUUUCGCUGCCCACGUAUGGCAGCACGUAA